CAUCCUCAAAGCUACUACUAUACACGAGCACUGGAUACCCAUACGACGUGUUAGUCCAAUAUGGCGACUAGAGGGAUAUUGCCGGUGUUUUUAGCUCUGGGCUGUAUACUAGUUUGCAGAGCGGUCAUGACAACGUCUGGCCAAUGUACAAAAUCGUGUAUGAAUGGAGGAUAUUGUGUGUGGUCAGAUAGCACAACGUACUGUGCGUGUCCAGUCCAGUACUACGGUGACGCGUGUGAACUGAUGUGUAACACAACCAAGUGUGUGGGCGGGAGGUGCAUCAUGUACAUGAAUACUUCCCAGUGUCUAUGUCCCGGGGAUUACAUUGGACCCAUGUGUUACGACAGUUGUGCAGAAACGUAUUGUCAGAACAACGGCAAUUGCUCCACUGACAUGGAUGGGAAGUUGGUGUGUAGCUGUAUGGACGGGUUCAGUGGAUCACGCUGUGAGAUCAACAACACAAACAUCAUAUCGUGCACAGGAACAAGCUGCUCGACAAUUGGAACAGCCAAUUGCACUCAAGAGUCCGGAGGGCCGAUGUGCCACUGCGCCAGUGACAUCACAGGGACAUAUUGUGAAAGGCGUAAUUGUUUGAACACUGGUUUGUUCAACUGUUCAUCAAAUGGUGUCUGCAAUUUCAACGGUAAUAGCGUUGACAGCAGCACGUGUUCUUGCAUGGCGGGAUACAAUGGAUCAUCGUGUACGCAGAACAUUGACGACUGUGUUGGCGUUACCUGUGAAAACGGAGGGACAUGUGUGGACGGAAUCGUAUCGUUCAACUGUAGCUGCCCUGCUCUAUAUACCGGGACUUACUGUGAAAAGGCCGACUGUGUGGCUAGGAACUGUCCCAGUCUGAGUGGAAAUGGAUUUUGUGAUACCGACUGUAGGUAUGAGGAGUGUGGCUAUGAUGGAUUGGACUGCUCCCUAGGUGUCGACCCCUGGGUGUCCUGUAAUGUGGUGCCGACCAGUAGAGGGAGACAUUGUUCAGUGCUGUUUAUGGACGGUGUUUGCGACCAGGAUUGUAAUACCUAUGACUGUCUGUAUGACGGGUUUGACUGUUCAAGUAACGGAACUACUCUGUCCGAUUGUUUCAACUCUUCUCAUUGCUAUGAGAGUAUUGGGAAUGGCGUGUGUGCAGCCGAAUGUGACAACCUUGCAUGUGCAUAUGGUGGUCAUGACUGCGCCAACACUGCAACCCAAAACACGGACACGUUGAUCCUGACUUUCACCCCUAUGAACGAUACGUACGGUAGACUCGCCGAGGCACGUUUUAUGGGCUACCAACUAUCACGCAAAUUGAAGACAAGAGUAUACAUCAGACAAAACAACGGAACCGAGAAGAUGGUCUACAGGGUAGCGAACUCUAAUACGGCAGACAUCAGAGCUUACUUCGACAUCCAGCAGCCGUCUGACUGUACCAUGCCUAAUUCGUGUGUAACGGACGUGCAGACUGCCGAAAAGAUGAUAGGAGCUUUGAUGUGGAUGUACUCUCCAACACCUGGCGCUGCGUCCUUAUCCUUCAGGAAUAUAACCACCUGCCAAGAGGGUUACCAGUUUAUAAACGGCAGCUGUGGAACCCUAUGUAACGUCGGCUGUAAAUCAGUCUGUGCUAUGGAGACCGGAAGUUGUGUCGACUGUAACGAUGGUUACGUAGGUAACACGUGUGAUGUGCAAUGUAGUCCGAACUGCGCCGGGACAUGUAACUCCACACAGUGCAUCGGGGGCUGUAAAGUCGGUUAUGUAGGCGACAACUGUGACCAGGCAUGUUCCACUGGGAAGUAUGGUGCAGACUGCAACAUGACGUGUGCUGACUGUGCUAAUGAUGACUGCGAUAACAUGAAUGGAGUUUGUGCACAGGGCUGCAAGAAUGCAGGUCGUAUGGGCACAUACUGUACAGAAAAUUGCGCUUCCGGGACUUAUGGUAGAAACUGUGCGAUGACUUGCUCCUCAAACUGCCUUAAUCAGAUGUGCAACCGAGAAAGUGGAUACUGUACAGGGCCAUGUCCUACUGACAAGUGGGGCAAUACAUGUGAUCAAGAUUGCAGUCAAACAACAUGUACGACCAAUUGCGGCGCGUGCACUACAACAACCACGACAACAGCUACGACGCCAAGUCCCGCAGACAAUUCAGAGAAAGCUGUCAUCGCCGGUAUCAUCAUCGUAGUCAUCCUCAUUGUUGUUGCACUCAUCAUAGCAUAUGUGCUCUGGCGGCGAUCACAGGCAGGUGUAUAUGACCUUGACGAGAAGAAGGGAGAUGAGAUGCCACUAAAUGCAGAUCACAUAGAAAGCGGUAAUGGAAAUCAAGAAACUCCAAUGGUUACCAUGACAACUGGUACCGGACCACACGAGGUAGCAGUUGUGUCGGAAACUACAUUACAGACAUCUCAUGUGAGUGAAACAAAACCCCUAAUAGAGGAUGGGAUGAAACCAGAGCCAGAUAGCGAGAGAAAGGAGCCAGAAGACAGAGAAAAUUCAGCAGAGCAGGAUGAUCCAGAUGAACCGAUGAGAGAGUCGCGAGAAAUGAAGACCGCUAGCAAGUACUUACCGCCGACAGAGAAGGAAGGUGGCCCUGGAGGGGUGUAUGUGGGACCUAAGGGGCCCACACUUGAUGAUGUUGAAGUUGACCAAGAAUCAUCAGAUGUACAACAAGUCUCCGACGAUGCAAACUUUCCUGUAACACCUGAAGAAUUAGUGGCCCCUCCGCCUGUACAACAGGACACUGAAGCCGACCUUCCUACCCCUCCCUCCCCUCCACCCCAAACAGACACCCCACCUUCACCCAAAUCAGACACACCACCUUCACCCAUAUCAGACACCCCACCUUCACCCAAAUCAGACACACCAGCUUCACCCAUAUCAGACACACCACCUUCACCCAAAUCAGAAACACCACCUUCACCCCCAUCAUCACCCCCUCCGAUGUAGCUACUCUAUAAACGAAGAGGUGAAGUAUGACCACUAAUUCCCUUGCCAAUGUCCAUAUUCAUGAAAAUGAAAUAUACGCGUAUAUGUAGUAUAUGGACAAUAAAAACUUCGGAGAAAUCCA